AUGGAGCGAAGACAGAAAUCUGAGACCCCAAAGCAGCAAGUUCGUCAGAAAAAUCAAACUGAUCUCUCUGCAUGGCGUAAAGGAAAGAAAAGUGACCCUGAAAAAAGUGUCCAGAGUCGUCAGUCUCCUAAUGACCAGGAAGAUGAGAGCAAGCAAGACUCCCUUGAGGAAGCUUUGAGUUACUUUGACAAAGUUCAAGACCGUGUUUCACUGAAAAAGAACAGUGCUCUACAGAAACACUUGACUACUGUGGAAAGCAUUGCCCUGGAAAAGGGGUUACCCCCUGAAGGAUUUAAUGUACUGCUAAAAGUGGCACUCAGUGCCAAACUCGCUGAUACAGUGAAUACUCGUUUACUGAAGAGCCUUGUUCCAGCCUCAGUAAUACCAGAAGAUUCUGUGGUUUCAUCUGUGUCUUUGCUCUGUGCCAGCAAAUGUUCAGCCAGCACCCAGCUGCUUUUUUUGAAAUGGCUGAUCACGAUGUUUGACUUCAUUGAUCACAAGGAAAAACUUCAUGCCCUCUAUGGUUUCUUUUUUUACUUCCUGCAAGAUGAGAAGAUGUGCCCCUAUGUCUGUCACGUGCUCUACCUGCUGACCAGGAAAGAAAGUGUUAAGCCUUUUCGGGUUAGAAAACUGCUUGACCUCCAAGCAAAAAUGGGAAUGCAGUCUCAUCUGCAGGCUCUACUAUCACUUUACAAACUCUUCUGUCCCGAGUUGGUGACCAUAGCCCUUCCUGGGAAAAUGAAGACUUACUUCAAGAAUUCAGAGGGCCCAUGGAAGGCAGCAAUCAACGCAAUGAGGCAAAGAAACCAGGAAAACUCUCCAGUGUUGAAGCCACUGGCUUUAGGCACAGCUCAACCUCAGUCACGAAAAAGGAAAUGGAAUACCCAGGUGCAUAUACCCGCAAGCAGUGCAAACAGGAGUAAUUUAGAAGAGGACAGAGAAGAUAAGCUUGUUAAUUUGUACAGUGUGGAUGAGUUUUUUCCAGUGGAGCAACUGCAGACCUUUCCUCAGCUUUUACAAAAUAUCCACCGUCUAGAGUUUCCUUCCCAGAUGGGUUCAGUGCUAACAAACCCUUUGUUGCUUCACUACAUGAAUUACAUCAAAGAUGAGUCCAUUUACCUGAGGCUUUACUAUUGGAUGGGCCAGACUCUUCAGGAAGAAUGUACCUGGUGUGUGGUUGAGAAUAGCCAAUAUGAAGAAGAAUUCAAGGACUUCCUGGAAACUGUCUACAAGGCAGAGAGUUUCUUGCAGGAGGGAUUUUCUUCCUGUGAAGAGUUCCUGUAUAAGAGCCUUCCUCUCUGGGAUGGUUCCUGCUGCCGAACACAAGUCCUCAGUCUUGUGAGUUGGAUUCCCCUCAGCACCUUCUCUGAAAUGAAGUCACAUCUCUAUGAUCCCCUGGCACAGCUCUUCUUCACAUCGUCCUUUUACUUUAAGUGCAGUGUUCUUGAGAGCUUGAAAGAGCUGUUACAGAACUGGUUAAAUUGGCAUGUGAGUCAUUUGGAUCCGGAGUCUGACUCUCAAGCCCAGUCUUCGAAUACCACCCUUUCUGGACUAGUGAACACGGUGGCUGAACUGAUCCACUUUGUUGGAAAGAUCUCUACUGUUGCAUUGCGUCUGGAAAACAAUCCUACUUUCAUGCUGUACUUCAUCCUGGAUUUCUAUGAGACCGUGUGUGACAUGUAUCUGAAGUACAACCUGCCUCUGUUGAUAAUGCCUCCUGCUGGAAUUUUCUACCCAGCGCUUCUCAGCAUGGAUUCUGUCAACUUGAAUCAGCUCUGCUACAUCAUGUACAGGUAUCGAACCAAUUUGGUGGCUGCAAAAGAAAAUGAGCUGAGUAAAAAGAAACUACUGCAAUUCAAGUUCAGUAGCCAGACAUACCAAGAGUACAACCAGUACAUAGUGGCUAUGGUGGGUUGCCUGUGGACAUCCAGUGCCUUCCAGAAGGAUACUCAUCCUCAGGGUCUUCGUAUGGAUGAUGAACUGCUGAAGAAAAUGGCAGUGCAGGAUUUGAAAAGCAGCUUUAACAUUGUCUACCACCCAGCCAUGAUGGGCUAUGCUGUUCUCUUCCUGCAGGAGGCUUGGCCAGAUGAUACUUCCUUCAACUUCAGUUUAAUUAAGGGAAAGAGGUGGAACAGGUAUCUGGAAUUCCUCUAUUCACAAGGUUUAAAGGGCCUGAAGGUCUUUAUUGAAAGCAGCAUCAAUCGUGUUUCCCAGGCUUCCCACAGUAAAGCAGAGAAUGUGCAAGUGUGACCCUGGGACCCACUGGAGCCUUUUUAUCAUCUGGAGCAGGAAAGCAGAAUAUAAUGGACUGUGUCACUAAUUCUUCCAUCAUCAGAGGAGAGACGCAGAGCAAUUACCCUUUGUACUGCCAUCUAUUUUAGGAAAGUGAAGACAUGGAGGGAAUGCUUAGGCUGGUGUGGUUCACUAGCACCAAACCCCCUCUGGUCCCUGCUGAACUUCUCUGGUCUGAAGCUGCUGGGCUCAGAUGUUACAGAUUGUCCACAUUUUUCAUCCUCGUUUUUCUCUGUUGGAGUAUCUGCUUUGAGAAACAAACGUUUUCUAUCUCCAAACAGCGAUGAGCGGUGCCGUUUCAUUCCUAAGUAACUUUGAUUCCUGACCUGCUUUGCCUUCCUCGACAGCAGGUAAUGAGAAACAAUUCAAUCAGCCUUUCAGGGAUACCAUUUACAUACUGGACUGGAGCACUACGAGUUUCCCAAUUCCCUGUCGUACUGUGUAUAUAGUGGCUUGUAACAGACUGACUAAACUGACUUUCCUGCACUUCACUAUGAAACUCCUAAAAGAGACAUUUUGCUGCCAUUGCUUAUAAUGUUCUUCUCGUGCAGCUGGAAAAUUUGGUGCUCGGUUGAUGGCUUAUUGAUGAUUUGAGCACUUGAACAACGUUGCCACCAGCUCACCAUUUUCUAUUGAUAAGUGCAAAUGUAGCUUUCCUUGUAGUCUUUUUAGUUCUGUAUGUGUUGUAUAUUAUACGUGUACAUAUAUAUAUAAUUUAUAUUCUGUAAAAUGUUUCCAACAUGCCAUUUUGAAGAAACCCUGCUACAAAA